AUGGUUCCCUUUAGCUCAUUAAAAUACACACAAUGUCUUAGUAGCGAAAGGAAACAUCAGUUUUUCAAAGGUUUUAAUGAUAUUGCCCCAAUAACAGCUGCUUUAUCUGAAAAUCUUGAAAUAUGGGAUUUGCCGGUUCUACCAGCUCAUACUGCACGAAAAAUUAAAGUAAAUUCAAUAUGGUAUACCGAUGCUGCAGUGUUAUGUACAUCAAAUGCACACUUAUCAGACAAUAUUGAAUUGUUCAAGAUUGAUCAUAUAUUUGUUGCUGAUGGCAUACCUACAUUUGUUCAAGAACGUGGACGAUUUGGCACAGUAGUAGUUACUGAUUUAAAACAUGUAUGGCCACUGAAAUUAGUUAAUUCAAAUAAUAAUAAUUAUGUUGCGUUACGUCCAUACGCAAAAUCAUACGAUGAAACAUUUACUCGCUUAACGACAGAAUUACGUGAAAUUAUCAAAAAAUUGAAAUGUAAAAAGUUAGAAAAUAUUGAACCAAGUACAUUACAACAUGCAAAACAUUUACAAGAGAUGACAUUCCUCACACAUCGAAGUUUAAUAAAAAAGUUACAUUCAGCAUCAUCAAUUGCUGAUAAAUGUGUUUUAUAUAGCGAAUUGGCCAAACAAAAGGAAAUGGGUAUAGAUUUAUCAGGAAAAAAUUCUGACAGACGUGAAAUUACAAUAGUACUGGAAACGAAAAUAAAUAUUCAGUUUUCAUCUAGUGGAUUAGAAAAUGUUUUACGUUUUAUUAUAUGUUUAUUUACUGUAUUCGAAUGCGAUUAUCCGAAAAGAAUUCAAAUGGCUAUUAAACAUCUGUAUGAACAGAUAGCAAAACAUUUGAAAUAG